AUGAGAAAAAUAAAGAGAAAAUUAUGCAAUGGCAACACAACUAAAGGCGGAAGCAGCAGCACCAACACCACCAGCGCCAACACCAACAGCGCCAACACCGCAAGCGCCAACACCAACAGCCCCAACACCGCCAGCGCCAACACCAACAGCCCCAACACCGCCAGCGCCAACACCAACAGCACCAACACCGCCAGCGCCAACACCAACAGCCCCAACACCGCCAGCGCCAACACCAACAGCACCAACACCACCAGCGCCAACACCAACAGCACCAACACCGCCAGCGCCAACACCAACAGCCCCAACACCGCCAGCGCCAACAACAACAGCCCCAACACUGCCAGCGCCAACACCAACAGCCCCAACACCGCCAGCGCCAACACCAACAGCCCCAACACCGCCAGCUCAACACCAAUAGUACCAACAUCACCAGCGCCAACACCAACAGCGCCAACACCAACAGCCCCAACACCGCCAGCGCCAACACCAACAGCCCCAACACCACCAGCGCCAACACCAACAGCCCCAACACCAACAGCCCCAACACUAACACCACCAGCGCCAACACCAACAGCACCAACACCUCCAGCACCAACACCAACACCACCAACACCACCAGCGCCAACACCGCCAGCACCAACACCAACAGCCCCAACACCAACAGCCCCAACACCGCCAGCGCCAACACCACCAGCGCCAACACUAACAGCACCAACACCACAAGCGCCAACACCGCCAGCGCCUACACCGCCAGCGCCAACACCAACAGCACCAACACCACCAGCGCCAACACUGACAGCACCGUCACCAGCAGCAAUAGAGUAG